AUGGCACCUAUUACCUUUGCUGCCCCUGCUCUUGAUAUCAAAUUGACUGGUCAGAAUUAUAGAGAGUGGGCUUUUUCCUUCAAAAUGCUUCUUCAUUCUGCUGGCGCCGGUCUCGUUUCACAUCUUACGGAUUCCCCGCCUGAUGCUAGUGACAAAGAUGCAAAGGCUUGGAGAGAUGUUGAUGACCGAGUAAUGGCUAUUCUAGCCAUGAAUGUUGAUCCAACUAUAAGAUACUGUCUGGAGGAUCUCAGUACAGCUAAAGAAAUGUGGGAUUUUCUGAAGGAGCGGUAUCAGCAAAGUAGCUAUGCACUUCGCUAUUCCACUCUCAAACAACUUCAUCAUUUACAGCAACAAGAUCUGUCGAUUGAGGACUACCUUGCUGCUUUUAUGAAGCUAUCUAGUCAGUUAGUCUCAAUGGUGCCAAAGCCUAAUUCAGCUUGCAAGGAGUGUGGUGUCAGGGAUAAGUAUGAGCAGCAAAAUAAGAUAUUUCACUUUAUGAUGGGCCUUCGGUCCACGUUUGAGCCUAUUCGUGCUCAAAUCUUUGGACGCUCCAGUCUUCCUACCAUGGCUGAAGCACUUUCAGCUGUACUUGCUGAGGAGACAAGGCUUCACACUAUAGAUGAUGCUCCUUUAGUUCCUCAACACUCUGUCCUAGUAGCACCUCCUCAGUAUGUUGUCAUGGAUAGCUCUCUUGUUUCUAAAGAGAAACCUAAAGAGAAACCAAAAUGCAAGCAUUGUGGUGGAAAAACACAUACUGAAGAGCGUUGUUUUCAGAAAUACCCACAUCUCUUGAAGGAGUUCAAGGCCAAGCGUGCAGCAUCUCAUAAGGGUACUACAACAACUGUUUCUCCGGCCACUCCUUCACCGUUGCCACCAAGUACCACUACAGCAGCAUCACAGUUCACACCUGUUGGUGCCUACAUGUCUGGUGGCUCUAUAGCUUCGGCUUUAGUUUCAGGAUCGUCGAACCCAAGCUCUUCUUGGUACUGGCCAUCGCCAUAA